AUGGGUCGAACGCUCGCUGCUACCACAGCGGCUCCAGGCGUCGAACCGCUGCGAGUUCAAACGUCCAGUGGCAUCGUCCAGGGGACCAUCAACAGCACUUAUCCCAAUGUUCAACAAUUUCUCGGCAUCCCAUAUGCGAAGCCACCUAUGGGCGAGCGACGAUGGCUUCCUCCACAAGAGCUAGGAAAUCAUUCCACAACCUUCGUCAACGCGAUCACCAUGCCAGCCGCUUGUCCACAGAGCCUAGUGGCUAUGGAAAAGGGCCCAUUUGGGAAGUACGCUCCUCAGACGAUGGUCGCAGGAAACAUUAGUGAGGACUGCCUCACGCUGAGUGUAUGGGCCCCAAAAAAUGGAAAGAAAAACCUGCCAGUCAUCAUCUGGAUUCACGGCGGCCAGUACCUCUACGGUGGAACGAAUGUUCGUCCCUGGAUCCCGUCACCGUGGAUUGAGCGCUCCCAGGAGCACAUCAUCGUCGCCAUUCAGUAUCGGCUGAACAUGUUCGGCUUUCCCGCGGCUCGAGGGCUGAAGGAUCAAAAUCUGGGGAUUCUCGACCAGCGGCUCGGAAUGGAGUGGGUGCGCCGGAACAUCGCGCAGUUCGGCGGAAAUCCCGAGCAAAUGAUUCUCUGGGGCGAAAGUGCGGGGGGCAGCAGUACCGACAUCUUGAACUUCGCUUACCCGAAGGAUCCGAUCGUUCAAGGCUUUGCGUGUAAUUCCGGGUCGGCCUUUUUGACGGUCGACACGCGAUCGGAUGAUGUGCAGGGGUCGAACUUUAGCACGGUGGCAUCGCACUUCGGGUGUGCCGGCUCCGCUGAGAAGGAGAUCGAUUGUCUGCGCUCCAUUCCCGCUGCUAGAAUCAUAUCUUAUCUCGGUUCUGGCGGUAGCAACCUGACCUUCCUGCCGUAUGUUGAUGAUAAAAUCAUCUUCAACAACUACACGCAACAGUACCUCCGUCAGCACCUGAGCAGAAAGCCAGCACUCUUCGGAUCAAACAGGGACGAAGGGACGCUGAUGGCUGGUGGAACCGACUCCCCUCAAGCAAGGGAGAUUACAUAUUCGAAAUUUCAAUGUCCGGUGCCGUACUCGACGGCUCGCCGAGAGGAGCUCGGUCUGACCACCUAUCGGUAUCAGUAUCGAGGCAACUUUUCCAACAUCGAUGCGCUUCCAACCCUUGGGGCGUAUCAUUCUUCAGAGCUGCCACUGAUUUUCGGGACGGCGGAUGAUGUGUUUGGACCCAGUACUCCCUUUGAGAAAGCCGUCAGCCAUAAGAUGCAAGAUCUGUGGGUGGCUUUUGCUAAGGAUCCUGAAGCCGGGUUGAAGAGACAAGGAUGGCCCGUAUCGACGAGUGAUAAGUUUCUGGCACUGGGCAGUGGAAACAUUUCUGCUACUGCAUCGGAUAAGACGAUUGAUGGGCCGUGCGAGGAGUACUACUCUCUGUAUUAG